GUGACUCCUGCUCACAGACACAAUGAAGCUAACAGUGACAGAAUAAAUAGUGACCUAGUGUCUUUGCUUAGCCUUAAUAUUUAACUUAUUGAUCAUUAUUGGUCCCUAUCAAUGUUAUGGUGACGUCAUACUGUCUGUGGGCUGCUAGCAGCAUGCUAAGUUUUAUUUUAGCGCCCAACAGCUCACUUCGGUACCUGUCUUUCUAACCAUCGGAGGUAUUAGCUAGCUCAGUUAGCCUAGCUUUGCACCUGCCGCUGUGUCUGCUUUGCAAGCUUCUUGUUGCAGAGUUCAGCUCACCUGUGGACAGGUGUGAUGGAGUUUCCCUUUGAUAUUAACCAGCUGUUCUCUGAAAGAGUCUCCGUGUUGGAUCAGAGCCUGGUGGCAGGUCGGAAAUCUGCGGGACGUCCAGAUCUUCAAGCUCACAUCGCCACCGUUAUUGAUGAACUGGGGAGAGCUUCAGCUAAGGCUCAGCAGCUCACCGCUCCAAUCACGAGUGCUUCAAAACUGCAGAGUCAGAGACAUCAGCUGUACCUACUGAAGGACGGGGAGAGCAAUGGUGGUCGAGGAGUGGUAGUCGGUUUCCUUAAAGUGGGCUAUAAGAAGUUGUUCCUGCUGGACAGACAGGGGGUGCACAUAGAGGCCGAACCGCUCUGUGUGUUAGAUUUCUACAUCUCAGAGAACCUGCAGAGACACGGCUAUGGCUUGGAGCUCUUUGACUUCAUGCUGCAGCACAAAAAUCUGGAGCCGGUCCUGAUGGCGUAUGAUCGACCUUCCCCUAAACUCCUGUCGUUCCUGGCGAAAAAUUACUGUCUGACUCAGAGCGUUCCUCAGGUGAAUAACUUCGUGGUGUUUGAAGGCUUCUUCCUGAACAGAUCAGCGGCCCAACUGAGAAAAGUUCCCCUCAGAAAGCCGGAAGGAGAGAUCAAACCGUACUCUCUGAUGGAGAGAGAAGUGGUACGUCAGGAGCAGAGGGUUCCUCCAUGGCCUUUUGCUUCACCCCACUCCCCCCAGCGAUCGGUAUCCUCCCGGUACUCCCCGCCCCUCAGCGUGGGCUCUUCCCCCAGCAGGGCUCCUCCUCGAGCCGCCCCGCUGUCUGCCCAUCAGUCCCCGCUCCUCGAACGUUGCAGGGCAAGACGCACCAGUGAUCAGGGUCUAGUGGCGAAACGCAGUCUGUACAGUCGACACCUGGGCAUCAGCACUUCAGGUGUGAUAGCUGUGGAGGAUCAGCCUCAUAUACCUGGACCCACAGACACACCUGGAGCCAGGCCACGUCUCCCCUCUCCUCCUCUUCACCAUUCUGCGCCCAACACGGAGGACGGUGAGGAGAUUCCACCGGCUCCAUCUAAUCAAGAGGACGACACGGAAGCACCACUGGUUCUGUCUGCCCAGGACAAGGGAGGCAUGAAGGACAGACAUUGGCGUACAGCAGGACAAGGAAAAGGAUCAGAAGGCUUACCGUUGUCCAAUCAGAGACAUCCAUCAGCAGACAGCAGAGACAGCGGUUCGUGGACUGUAGGAGAAAACAUUUUCAGUGCUCAGUGGGUCAAACAGAAACAACAGCUGAGGAGUACUCGACCAUGGUGACCACAAAGAGAGAGAGACUCCGUUUACACCUCACAUUAACAUCUGAUUUGGUCAUUCAGAUACCAACAGUUUGAUACCUGAAAGCUCAGUGUGAUACAGAAGUGGUCUGGGAUGUCUUCAUCUGGACUGGUUGUGUAGAUCAGCAUAUACUGGUACACAUUAAAGAGUCGGCUGAUGUGAUGUGCUGUGUUCUGCUAGUUAAGAAAAAGCAUGGCUUUAUUUAUGUCUGUCCAGCCUUGCUCAGAGUAAUGGGAAUUGUGGCUCUUAGAGAUUUUAUUAUUUAUAAUCAAAUUUAUAUGGUAUACAGUAAAGAGAGCUGGUCUUUCAGCUCCUAAACAGCUCUUCAUUUGGUACUAGUUUGGAUUAUUUCUUGUCUUUAAAACAACAAAAAUUGAAAAAAGGAAACUCGCUCACACAAAAGAGUCAGCUCUUAGAACCAGCUUGUGUCAGCAUGUCCUGUAAAUCAGUGGUUCCCAACCUUUUUUCCUAUGAGCCCCCCUUGUAUCGUAGAGGAGCGGAGGACCCCCAGGACCCCACAAACAAAAGGUGAUUCAUGGAUAUCAAAAAUCAACAUCAAAUUUGAAAUUUUUCAUUAUUCAAAUCUAUAUAAAAUAGCCUCACACAAAGAUUUUCUUAUCAUUAUCUUAACUUGCAUGAGCUCUUCAUAGAUGUGUUAUCACAAUUUUUGUUAGUAAGAGUGAAUCUAAUUUUGGCAGCCUCAAUGCAGACAGAGACUGGUGUCUCCCCUGAAAUCUCUCACGCAACCCCAAGGGGGUCCCGGAUCCCAGGUUGGGAACCAAUGCUUUAAAGCAUGUUUAUGACAACGUGAGGGAGAAAAGCUGUUAAAGAGGCAUCACUAGCCUCUUAGCUUGUGGCUAAUUGAUCCCCAAUCAUUCUUAUCAGCAGCAGCCUUACUGCACACAGAAUGUAGAAGAACCACAGAAAUAUAUGAAUAACAGAAUAUAGAAGUAUAAUACACAGAAAUAUGAUAUGAAAUAUAGUCUUAUAUGAUAUAUAGAAACAUAAUAUCAUAUGUUUGGGCUGUUGACUGAAUAAGACAUAUUGUUAACGCAGAGUAUAGAAGUACUAAUGUCCAUUUGUCUCUGAAUGACCAAAACAGAUGUUGAUGUAAACAGGAUGUGAGAGAGGCGAUGAUUGAAGUUAAACUUUAUUUAAUCCAUGAUUCAAACUUAUGAGCUAAACCUCACUGUGACAUGUUAAACUGUGUCUUACCACAAAGAUAUGUUCUUGCUCUUACAUCACGGUACUCUACUUAAAUUGAGCCUUUCCUUGGACACCUGAUCAUCGACCAAUCAGCUGCAAAGAUUCAGCCAUGGACAGCCUUUUACUGCUGGGUCUGAUGAUUUUCAGCAUGCUGCUCUGCACGUCUCACUUUAACCUCCACAGCCACAAAUGGAGUGACACAUGGAGUAUUGUAGAUCAACAACACUACACAUAAACUCUGGAAAUCAAACUGUGCAAUAUAAUUUAUAGUUGUCAUGAUAGCAGGAUGAUAAACUUUGCUAUGAUCCUAAUAUAAAUCAAAUUUUUUUAUGAAUGCAUCACAGACACACCACAUUAUAUUUUAUUGUCUUUAGUUGCCAAACUGCAGGCUAAGGAACCAUGCACUGUCUACAUUGGCCAAAAAUGUUGUGUAGCUACUAGAUCCACCCACUUUUCCCAAACUUGCCAAUGUUUUUGCACAAUUCAAAUAUUGUUCUCUCUCUGGUAGUUAAAACAACUGAAAAGCUGCAGUUUUAUAUUUGCACUCUUGUUUUUGAUACUAUUGAUUAUUAAACUAUCUGAGGUGGAAUUAUUUUUAAUCUGUUGCCAAACCUGAUAGUGUCUGAUUUUUAACUAAGACAAGCUGUGAAACUAAUGAGUGAAUAAAAGAUUAAUCCUGCUGUGA